AUGACGGAAUCCCGGAGCUCGACGACAAAUGAUGGCGCCCUCGCCCGACCUCUUUACCGCGCGACCUCCUCUCCUCGCGCGAAGCGAUACGGCCUGAAGGCCGGCCCUUCGGCGCCGGCGCCGGCAGGCAUCCACUCGCACCUGCGGCAGCACCGUCCUCAUCCACCAUCACCACACCACUUCAACCCAACUCCUCCAUCGCUCUUGUUCCUCUCCCUCCUCGAUUGUCUCCUCCUGCUCCCACCUGCCCUCCUCCUAUGCCUCCUCCUCCUCUCUCUCCUCACCGACUUUGUGCACACCACCACCCACGCACCCUGCGCGACAUUUCUAACCCUGGGUUGUCGAGAGGAGCGGGUGCAGCUGCAGCAGCAUCCAGCAGAGUCAGCAGCAGCAGCAGAGCAGUCGAGGGAGCGGCGGGAGCGUCGGCGGACCACACCGCCGAAGCCUUGGUCGGCCGGGGGCAAGAAGAGGGCCGCCCCGGCCGCGCCGCGCCGCGCGCCGCUGCCUGCGUUCGGCUCCGGGGCCAAUGCACAGAAGGCAGCUGCUCGAAGACAAAGCGCAAGAGAAGUCCGCAAGGAAACUACGCAGAACACGGCGUUCGUGGUGACGGAGCCCGGGGAGGUGGCGCGGGCGAAGAAGAACGGGCUGGACUACCUCUUCCACCUCUACGAGCAGUGCCGCCUCUUCCUCCUCCAGGUCCAGUCCCUCGCCAAGGAGCACGGCCACAAGUGCCCCACCAAGGUGACAAACCAAGUGUUCCGGUACGCGAAAAAGGUCGGGGCGAGCUACAUCAACAAGCCAAAGAUGCGGCAUUACGUGCACUGCUACGCCCUCCACUGCCUUGACGAGGAGGCGUCGAACGCCCUGCGGAGAGCCUUCAAGGAGCGCGGGGAGAACGUCGGGGCGUGGCGGCAGGCCUGCUACAAUCCGCUGGUCGCCAUCUCCGCGCGCCACGGAUGGGACAUCGACGCCGUCUUCAACGCCCACCCCCGCCUCUCCAUUUGGUACGUCCCCACCAAGCUCCGCCAGCUCUGCCACCUCGCCCGCAGCAAUGCUGCUGCUGCAGCAUCAGGACUCCCGCCGCCGCCGGCGCUGUUCUAGAUGGUGUUCAAGGAGAUUUAGGGUUUCUCCUGGGGUUUGCUGGACUUGGAUUAGAUGUUAGGUCCUUUGUGUACUCCUCUGGAUCCAACAAUGAGAAAGCUUUAUGAUGUAUUACUUAACUGAAUGCAGAACCAGGAACUUGGUUUAAGUACUAUAUACACAAGCUUUGGUUAUUCUAGAUCUUGCUUUAGGGACAAGGAUGGUUACUACUUAAUCAAUUUGUCGACUCUCCGCUGAAAUUUGUAGGUAUGGGAUGUGGUGCAAAAGUUUCUCUAAAUUCAUAAAAACCUUAUUUAUGAAAUAAUCCCCACCAAAAGCCCCUUAUGCGCUGGCAAAAUCAAAACUACGUUGAAGAUGAUACUCCCUGGAUUAUAACAUUGGCAACACAUUGUCCAAAAAUAACUACCAACAAACAUGGUUCUCCUAAAUACAUUACAAGAAACAAGCAAGAAAAUCAUUGGAAAGAAAGGUGUAUCAUUGAAGACCAGAUCAAAGUGGAAGCAUCAAGAUCAUCAAAACCUACCCGUAAACACUGCCCUAAUUUUCUUCAGAAAGAAUUCUAGAGUUCGCAAAUUAAUCAGUGAUCUUGAAAUUCCCCUCAAAUGCUUGGAUUCUAUCAUAUAUCACAUCAAGCUCUCAACACCCCUUAAGUUACUUUUGAGGUUUGGGCAUCAAGAUAUGUGAUUCAAUGCAUUCAGAGCAUGUCAAUGUUGCAGAACUUACAACUAUGUAAUCAAUAUAUGAUAACACCGAGCUUAAAAUCAGACAUCAAACUACAUAGACAUCAACAGGUA